AUGCAUCUGCACAGUGCAGCGACAUGGAGGACCGCUGGAUCCCCUACUCAGCACUCUGGUGGCGCUUCUGGACCCCACGCAUCCCGCGCGGUGAACGGUACCAAGAAGGCGCCUUCACAGGCUACCUCAACGACGACGACGACGACGAAGACCCCUCCAACAUGGCCCUCCUCGACAUCCGCCGCUUGCUCGCCAUCCCCCUCAUUCGCCGCAUCUACGAAAAACUCCCCUACAUCGACGUCUCCCCCAUCACCCGGCCCCUACGAGCAAAUGACCCCCACCCAACGCGACCAACGCACCGCCUUCGUCAUCGAAUCCACCCUCGCCGCCUACACCUCCGGCAAAGCCCUCUACCCGCGCUCCACCAUCGCCCGCAUCGAAUCCCAACUCACCGCCGCGGGCACCGCCCUCGCCCGCCGCCGCAAGGACUUCAACCCCCCACCCCCGGCGGCGCAACCGCUUCAAACCCCCUCGGCCGCGGGCCUGCGGCACAAGCUCUUCUCGCACUGCGAGGCGCCGCAAAACCGCUCUUGCUUUCCUUCCCGGCCUACGACAACAUCACCACGGACGUAUCCGACGUGGUCGCCCGGUGCCGAGCUCGCCUACUCCCAGCGCCGUCUCCGGCUUGGACUGGUACCGCGACAGCGAACAUCACUUUCCUCAAACGACGCCCCGCCGGCGUUGGCUAUGUAUGUGUUGGCUAUGGUGGUGUGUUUGAGGGAGUUGGUGGCGGAACUGCGGGGGGGAACGGGCUCGGGGCAGACCGCGGUGAUGCCCAUCUACAUGCCGGCGUUUGAGAUCGUGCGCCGGUGGAACCCGGCCGAGAGGGAAUUCCUCCAGAGCAACGGGGUCGAAUUCGUGGAGUCCAAUGGGGAGAUGUUCCUCAAGGUAGAUGAGCGGACGGUCGUGGUGUCGUACCGGAACUGGAAUCCCGUCAAGCAGGUGGUGGCCGACAUCGCGAAGCCUGCGGCGCUAAUCUGCACGCCCGUGUCGGACGAUCCAGAGCAGGACUUUGCUUGGGAGGAUGAACAGGCCGGGGAUACGGACGACGAAGAAACAAUAAGGGUGCCUGUAGUCAGAUCCAGGCUGAUUAACCCGCACAGCAUGGUGGCUGAUCCCGAUUCUCCAAGAGUCAGGAAGUUGGUCGAGGACUAUGAUGCGUUCGAGCUACCGGAGCUCCCCGGGGAACUCCCGACGGAGACGGAAAGCAAGGAGGCUGUGAAGCUUUAUCUCAGGAAACCCGAUGCCUCGACUAAGGUGGAAUAUUGGUGA